AUGGGGAACCUGCGCAACAAUAUGCGACAAAGGGGCAUCAACAGAAGCAAGAAAAGCAGCAGAAAGAAGGGAAGUACAAAACGAAUGAGGCUCAAGAAAACUUCUACCAAGAAUUCGCCUCCAGAAAUAAUAACGAAAAAGCAGAAACGGAGACUGGGGAACCGGGGCGGGUUUUUGGAUCACGUGUUCCCACUCAACAAUCGACGAAUGAGCAGUUACCGAAGCGGCAGCAGAUACCAAAGUAGAUGGUCAAGCAGGAGCAGUAGUGGUGACGAUUCCAGCAGUGAUAGCUACGAUGGCUUUUAUACUGGUGUCAGUCGGGAUGGCCCCGGUCCAGGCGAAGGAUUCGUGUAUCGGACGGCCGAUGUUACUGGUACUCGUCCCUUCCCACAGGGAUACCACGACCCCUAUUACUAUGACCCGUACCAUUACGACCCGUACCAUUACGAAUAUGACGGGGGAAAGGGUAAGGGUAAGGGUAAGGGUGGAUACUCGAAGUCAAAAGCCAAGGGAAAGGGUGGUGAAGGGUUCAUUCCCAACACAGGAUAUAUAGCCAACACGGGAUACAUUCGAACCAGACCACGACGAAGUUGUAGAAGCCACGGGAAAGGCAAAGGGAAGGGAAGCUAUCGAAGGGACGAUUGCGACAUUCUAAAAAUAAAGCGACCUGGAUUCAAUGGGGUGUUCCCGCCUUUUGCAGGACCACCAUUCCCUCGGGAACCAUCUUCACCAGUGUCCGGCACUCUCGAACCGUCAAUUGCUCCUUCAAUAUCAAGCUAUCCCUCUGCGCUCCCCUCGAGCAACGCACCCUCUUCAUUCCCAUCAACUUCGCCCAGUGAGUUGCCCUCAUCAACACCAUCCACUACUCCGUCAUCUCUACCUUCAGCCAUACCAUCAGUUAGCAUCCUUCCAAGCAUUACGCCCAGUGAAACCCCUAGUGCAGAGCCUUCCGUCAGUUCACAACCUUCUGCGAGCUUCCGCCCUUCCGAAUUUGCUACUGGAAGUUCUGCUCCUUCCAGUUCUUUGGCUCCAUCAAGCAUUGAGACAACAAGUACACAGCCAUCAACAUCGUCAAACCCAUCAUCAGUCUUGGCUCCUUCGAUCUCUAGUAGCCCUUCAUCAUCAACUACUGCCGACUUGACAUUUGCCCCGACCAGCUCAACAGUAGCCCCCACCACACUUACAACUGCUCCAUCCAUCCUGACAGCUGCUCCAACAACACUGACAAUUGCCCCAACCACCCUGACUACUGCCCCAACCACGCUGACUACUGCUCCAACCACAAUCACAGCUGCCCCAACCACAUUGACAGCUGCCCCAACCACGCUGACAGCUGCCCCAACCACCUUGACAGCUGCUCCAAACAACAGUUACAGCUGCCCCAACCACACUCACAGCAGCUCCACCACCCUGACAGCAGCUCCAACCACGCUUACAGCAGCUCCAACAACAGAAACAGCAGCCCCCACUACACUCACAGCAGCCCCAACCACCCUUACUGCCGCCCCAACCACUCUUACUGCUGCCCCAACCACAACUACAGCAGCUCCUACCACACUUACAGCAGCUCCAACAACAGAAACAGCAGCCCCCACUACACUCACAGUAGCCCCAACCACAACCACUGCAGCUCCAACCACACUUACCUCAGCUCCAACAACAGAAACAGCAGCCCCCACUACACUCACAGAAGCCCCAACAACAGUCACAGCAGCCCCCACCACACUGACCUCUGCCCCUACAACACUAACAGCAGCCCCCACCUCCUUGACUACUGCCCCCACAACAGCACAGCAGCCCCAACCACUCUACGCUGCCCCCACCACUCUUACAUCAGCCCCAACAACAGCCACAGGUGCCCCCACCACCCUUACUCUGCCCCAACAACAGUUACAUCAGCCCCAACAACCCUGACCACAGCCCCAACAACACUGACAGCAGCCCCUACAACACUGACAACGGCCCCUACAACACUGACAACAGCCCCGACAACAGUAACCACAGCCCCGACCACAGUAACCACAGCCCCUACAACACUAACCACAGCCCCACCACAACAACAGCCCCACAACACUAACCACAGCCCCAACGACGCAAACAACAGCCCCAACCACACAACAACAGCCCCACAAC